AUGGCCUUGGCCUCAGGGCACAGGCUGCUGCCGUCCUCGCAGCUGCGAGCCGCCCCGGGCCGCCGGCCGGCCUCGGCCACAGCUCCCGCCCUGCAGGAGCGGUACAGGCUGGGAUCGCUGCUGGGGCGCGGCGGCUUCGGCAGAGUCUUCGCGGCCACGAGGCUCUCGGACGGCGCCCCGGUGGCCAUCAAAAGGGUGCCACGGAACCGCGUCCGGCACUGGGGCGAGCUGCCCGACGGCACCAGCGCACCCCUGGAGAUCGUGCUGCUGGCCAGGGUGUCCACUGGCUUCCCCGGUGUGGUCCAGCUGCUGGAGUGGCUCGAGCUCCCCAACUGCAUCGUGAUGGUGCUGGAGCGGCCAGAGCGGUGUCAGGACCUGCAUCAUUUCAUUCGGGCACGGCGGUUCCUGCCUGAGGAGGUGGCACGGGAGCUGUUCCGCCAGGUGCUGGAGGCCGUGCGGCACUGCACCAGCUGCGGGGUCCUGCACCGCGACAUCAAACCAGAGAACAUCCUGGUUGACCUGGACACCGGGCAGGCCAAACUCAUUGACUUUGGCUGUGGCACCUACCUGCAGGACACAGUCUACACUCACUUUGCAGGAACACUGUCCUACAGCCCCCCGGAAUGGAACGACUUUGGCUGGUACCAUGGCAAGGCAGCAACAGUCUGGUCCCUGGGCAUCCUGCUGCACCAGAUGGUCUGCGGGGAGCAC